ACCUCCUCCUCCUCCAGAUCCUCUCGGACAAGUGCGACGCGUCGUUGCCGUUUUGUAAGAAAUCGCUGUUUCUCCUCACCUUAGAAAUCACAACUCCGGCGUCGGAACGAGUAGGGUUUACCGCGUGACGGGCAUCCGACCAUUCCACCGUCGCGAUAUCGACGAGACCGAUAAGAUCACGGUCGGCUCUCACAGUCAACCAGCGGUCUCCGCGAGCGCCUGCUAUUUAGAGCGUUACCGCAUCGUCGCCGGCAGCGCUCAUCUCUGAUAUCGACGGUCGCGACCAUGUCCUGGCCAAAACUGAGCUCGAAGAAGCCCAAGGAUAUGAAGGAGAACGGGGUAAUCUCCCGAUCUGCUACACCCAUACCCUCGCGCACGGUCACACCCAAACCGCCGGAUGCGUCAGAGUCGAACUUGCGGCAGGGACUGCUCACUAUCCGUAUAUUCUCAGGCCGCGGACUGAGCCUCCCGUCCAACGUCCCAGUGCCGGACAUCAUCCAGAAGGCCCUCGCGUCCCAGCCGCCGACGCGGAGCAGCAACCGGGAGAGCAUGCAGCGGAGACGGUACUGGUGGCUGCCCUACGUCGUGCUCGAGUUCGACAAGAACGAGGUGCUCAUCGACGCGCUCGGCGGAGACCUCGCGAACCCGCAGUGGAAUUACAAGGCUGAUUUCGACGUGUCACGGACGUCCAACAUCGCUGUGUCUGCGUACCUGCGCACCGCCCAGUGCGUGCCUGGCCAGGGUGACAUGGGCAACGACCUGCUGAUGGCGAGGGUGGACCUCUCGCCUUCUUUGGACGGACAGCGAUCGGCAGACCAGUGGUACAGUGCUACGGCCGGAAACGGCUCGUUCCACCUCAAAAUCGACUUCAAGCCUGCGCGGCACGAGUCGCUCACGAUUGAGCAGUUUGACCUGCUCAAGGUCAUUGGGAAGGGCAGCUUCGGGAAGGUCAUGCAGGUCCGGAAGAAGGACACGCAACGUAUAUACGCACUCAAGACCAUCCGUAAGGCUAAUAUCGCGCAGCGGCCAGGCGAGAUCACGCACAUUCUCGCAGAGCGCACCGUCUUGGCGCUUGUGAACAAUCCAUUCAUCGUCCCGCUCAAGUUCUCGUUCCAGUCGCCGGACAAGCUAUAUUUGGUGAUGUCAUUCGUGAAUGGUGGGGAGCUGUUCUACCAUCUGCAGCGAGAGGGCAAAUUCGACGAGAGUCGGAGUCGCUUCUACGCGGCCGAGCUGCUCUGCGCGCUUGAGCACUUGCACGGCUUCAACGUCGUCUAUCGCGAUUUGAAGCCCGAAAAUAUCUUGCUUGACUACACAGGCCACAUCGCCCUAUGUGAUUUCGGUCUCUGCAAGCUCAAUAUGUCCGAGUCGGAGAAGACGAACACCUUUUGCGGUACGCCCGAAUACAUCGCGCCCGAGCUCCUCGAGAGCCAAGGAUAUACCAAGACCGUGGACUGGUGGACGCUUGGCGUGCUCCUCUACGAGAUGAUGACUGGUCUACCGCCCUUCUACGACGAGAAUGUGAACGUGAUGUACCAGCGCAUUCUCUCAGACCCGCUGCUUUUCCCGCCGGAUAUGCCCCACGACGCGAAGAGCAUCAUGACCGCGCUGCUGCAGCGGAAUCCCGACAAACGCCUUGGCGCGAACGGUGCGGAGGACAUUAAGCGUCAUCCGUUCUUCUCGAAGCAUAUUGACUGGAAUAGGCUUAUGGCGAAGAAGAUCACGCCGCCGUUCAAGCCAAGCGUGGAGUCCGUCUUGGACACAGCGAACUUCGACUCUGAGUUCACCGGCGAGCAGGCGCAGGACUCACACGUCGAUGACACGCCGCUGUCCGAGACCGUGCAAGACCAGUUCCGUGGCUUCACGUACAACCCGGGCAAUGACUACCUCAGCGAGAGCGUCAGCUAUCCGAGCGUGAUUGGUUGAGCGUGUCUCCUCGCCUGCAGAUGAGAUGAGGGAAGCUCCCGAGGCCUCGUCAGCCUCCUGUCCGAUAGUACGAUAGAUUGGUGUCCGUGAUCCCGACGUUUCGUUGUUUGUUGCCAUACUCAUGUGACGAGGUUGUCAGUACAGUUUGCGCUGUGUGUUGUAGGGGCUUCGUUUUGCAUAUUUUGUUUCUGAAUUGCUCCUCUAGCUUGACCGUCCACCUGUGUAUCGGAUCUUGGCAUGUCUGCAUGGACUUACACAGUGUAGCCUUGAGUUCUCCUUUCCUGUAGCUGAUUCUUGUACCAUUCAUGCGCAUGUUUUGAAGGAUGAGCGCAGGACAGAGACCAUGGUUCCUUGCACCGCAUUGAUAUAAUUGAGUUCCGCAAGAGUUCUCUUCGA